CCUUGCAGCAUGUUGAGAGAUCGAUGCAUGAAAGCUCAAAAGAUCCUAGUUGCCGAUAUAUGUGAGAGCCGAAAUCUUUCCCCUGGCUGAUUACCUUUCGAGUUACGGGUCUUGUGUCCGCUAUGGACAAUUAAAUAACAAUAUGCAGCUUUGUCCAUGCGAGGACCUCCAGAGCCCAACUGAGUGUCUCCAGAGACCAGCUGCUGUAUGUCUUAUCCCAUCAGCAAGUGAUGCCUGAGUUCGCAAAACAUAUCCUCACGUUCUGUGUACGGGAAAAGCCUCAUUUGCAGGCAUCCUUCAAGAUAGAGGAUGAGCUGACGGGGCAUUCACCACUGCUGAGAAUCGCAGAACUUGGUCGAUCCGGUGUGCGUAUGCAGCACUGUUUCAAUUUAAUCGGUGUAGAGUACAGUACGGAAAACAGAGAGUGGCCUUAUGUACUUCGACAGACCGCUGUAUACAACUCCUUUGAUCUCAUUGGCGGCCAAGCAUUUUUCCUUGUGCUGAAAGCAAAUGAAGUGAUCAGGGAACGAAUACGCAAAGCAUGCAGUAGUAUCAAACGCCAGGACCGCAUCAACAAUAUGGGCAUAGCAAGUGUUUCAUUUUCUCAGAAUCUUGAAAGCCAUUUGCUCAUUUUCAAGUGGUGUGUGGAGAAUUGGUGUUCAUAUCUUGAUUUCCUCCAAAAUGAGAUACGACGGGCUUCUGCACAUACAAGGCUCAGUCCGAUCGACAAAGUUGUUAGAGAUGUCGUUUCAAGAAAUACGCCGCCACCUCGUCGACUUACUGGCACUUCCCGGAAAAGUUCUGGACUAUCUUUCCUCUCUCGUGCGUCUCGGUCUACCAGUUUCAAGGGGGUUUUCGGGUCAUCAUCAAACCCUCGAAACGACCCUGAUAAGAUUCAAAGUUUGGGUUCUACCUUAGCUGAUGCUAGUGGCCAAAACCAGACAGCCUCAACGGCGGAAUAUCAAGACUUGUAUAAACUCUUCUCCUUCACAGAACUACAGGAGCUUCAUCAUACUUCUGGAAAAUUGGAAGAAGCACGCUUUGUCAUGAGUCAGGAUAGGAAUGUCAUGUCCGAUAUGAUGGCGCGUUUUGAAAAGCUCCAUCAAUCGAAAGUUUUCACCACACACUUGCCCGUGGAUGACAUUGGCUUCGACAAAUUCUUCCAGGGUAUCCAAGCAUGCGUUAGAGAAUUAGACGACCAGCAAGACCGCCUGAGACUUAUGAACGGAUCUCUGAACAAGACGAUGGACUUGUUCAAUGGAAUACUCCAAUAUGGAAAUAUGCGCACUGGGGAGUUCUUUGCAAAACAGGCCAAUGCAUCAACAGUGACCAUGGAGCAGCUUACCAUAAGCAUGCACAAUCUUGCGACGAAGACAAAGAAAGAUACGGUAUCCAUGCAUGUUAUCACAAUGAUAACUCUCUUUUUCCUUCCAGGGACAUUUGUCGCAGUAAGAUACGGCUUACCACUAUUAUAUCGCUCGCUGUCAUCAGCGCUGACUGAGAGUCAGACAUUCUUCAGCACGGGUAUUCUGAACUUCGACGGCGAUAAGCCAAUGAACAACCUAGGGGAUUGGAUUGUGCGGCCAGCCGCUUUGAAGUUGUUCUUAGCAAUAUGUCUGCCACUAAUGGGAAUUGUGUUGCUUGCAUGGGCUGCGGCGUAUUAUUGGGCUCGACGCGGAUCGAUGAUAUUUCCGUGGACCUCAACGGACGAUGGAGAGAUUGAAACCGAGAAGGACCUGCCAGCGGUAUGAGAGCGGAACUCAACCGGGGGUAAGAUGUCGGGCGUAGAAGGGGUCGUUAUAGUUUAACGCUUCAGUGAGGGUGGGAUGUGGCAGGUCCCACUAACAGGGCAUGGUAUAUUCUAGUUUGGUUUCAGUUGGCAGGUAUGUAAGUUAAGUGUAGGCACAAUACAUG